CUAUUGGCAACACUACAAAAAUAGAAAAUGGUUAUACAUGUGAAUUGUGAAGUUUGUUUCCUUGUAUUGUAAAUACAACAAACAAAACUUACAUAAUAUGGAUUUUUUUCAUUUAUACGUUUAAUUCUUAACGUGAAGCAUGACCGACCAUGUAGAAUUUAUCUCUAGAAAAACUGACGAGGAGAAAAUCACAGAUCGAGACCUACCACUUAGUUUUGUCGAAAAUCGACACACAGAAGUGAUCGAAGGAAUUAAUUGCUUAACGCAGACAUGGAGAAUGAAAGAGAGGAUGAAAACGGUCAGCGUCGCGUUGGUGCUUUGCUUAAAUGUCGGCGUGGACCCUCCGGAUAUUGUCAAGACGCAGCCCUGCGCGCGACUGGAAUGCUGGAUAGAUCCGCUGUCGAUGUCGCCCGCAAAAGCGUUAGAGGCUAUUGGAAACAAUUUGCAGAAGCAGUACGAACGCUGGCAGCCUCGGGCUAGGUAUAAGCAAACUUUAGAUCCGACCACGGACGAGGUGAAGAAGUUAUGUACGUCACUGCGACGUAAUGCGAAGGAAGAACGCGUGCUCUUCCAUUACAAUGGGCAUGGUGUACCGAAACCGACUAGUAACGGCGAAGUGUGGGUUUUCAAUCGAACGUACACCCAGUACAUUCCAUUGUCAGUGUACGACUUGCAAUCAUGGAUGGGAGCCCCUUCGAUAUACGUUUACGACUGUUCGAACGCAGGUAUAAUUGUGGAUUCGUUUAAGACAUUCGCGGAGCAACACGAAAACGAAUACAAGGCGUCGACGCAGAGCAGGCCGGGCUCGGGACAGGCUCCUCCCACGUACCGUAACUGCAUACAGCUGGCGGCGUGUAGCGCGACACAAGUAUUGCCGAUGAAUCCCGACUUGCCGGCCGAUUUAUUUACAUCUUGCCUUACGACGCCGAUUAAAGUGGCGGUCCGAUGGUUUGUCUUGCGAUACACUGCUAAAUUAGUGCCUCAAAUUACUUUAGAUAUGAUUGAUAAAAUUCCGGGACAGCUAACUGAUAGGAGGACUAUGUUGGGUGAACUUAAUUGGAUUUUUACGGCAAUUACUGACACUAUUGCCUGGAAUACCCUGCCAAGAGAGCUUUUCCAAAAACUAUUCCGACAAGAUUUACUAGUAGCGAGCUUAUUUCGUAACUUCCUUCUCGCCGAACGUAUUUUAAGAUCGUUCGACUGCACGCCGAUUAGCUUUCCCGCCCUGCCCGACACCUCCCAACAUCCCAUGUGGCUGGCGUGGGAUUUCGCCUUAGAUCUAAGUCUCAGCCAACUGCCGAGGAUGAUACUUCACGACGAACCCUAUCAGCAUUUGGCGUUCUUCGAAGAGCAACUUACCGCCUUUCAGGUUUGGCUGGAAUUAGGUUCCGAAGAUCGCUACCCGCCCGAACAGUUGCCCAUAGUUCUACAGGUAUUACUAAGCCAAGUGCACAGAAUGCGAGCGCUCGAGCUGCUUGGGAAGUUUCUAGAUUUGGGUCCUUGGGCGGUUAACUUGGCGUUAUCGGUGGGAAUAUUUCCUUACGUUUUAAAAUUGUUGCAAAGCUGCGCCAAGGAGUUGAGGCCUUUGUUGGUGUUCAUUUGGGCUAAAAUAUUAGCCGUCGAUAAUACUUGCCAGGCCGACCUAGUUAGAGAUAAAGGCCAUAACUACUUUCUUUCCGUUUUACAGGAUCCGACUGUUCCGUCGGAGUAUCGCACUCAGGCCGCGUUUGUCUUGGCGUCUAUCGUGCAUAACUUCCGCGAUGGCCAGGAGGCGGCCCGACAAGGAUCUUUAGUUAGUAUUUGUUUGGAACAGUUGUCUGAUCCGAGUCCGACUUUACGUCAGUGGGUCGCCAUUUGUCUUGCGCGCUUAUGGGAUCAUUACGACAAGGCCCGUUGGACUGGAGUGCGCGAUAUCGCGCAUGAGAAGUUGUACAUCUUAUUGCAGGAUCCUUGUCCCGAGGUGAGAGCUGCCGCUGUGUAUGCGCUCGGUACCUUCAUCAACUCGGUUAACGAGAGAUCAGAGCACGCGAAUAAUAUAGACCAUUCGAUCGUCAUGAUGCUAGUCAAUACUGUAAGUCGUGACAUGAGCAGUUUAGUACGUAAGGAACUAGUAGCAGCUUUGCAAUGGAUAGUGAUCGCUUUCGAAAACGCUUUCCUCAAUGUAGCCACGCAAGAGACAAAUUUGUGCAAUAGUCAAGAGAGUACGCCGACGAGUACCCUUAAACGAAUCGGAAGCAGGUCGUUCAUGUCGCCACUUUCGCACAACAUCAAUAUUGACUCUGGCGAUUCGCUCGAUCGACUAAAAAGGGUCGCGUCCAGUUCCUCGAUCAGUAGUUUGGGCGUUGGACAUUCUUCUUUGGCGCAUCACGCGAGCUUGGGCGCCUUACCCUACGUCGCAUAUGGUUCGGUUUAUCUCAAGAUAUGGGUCGGACUUUGUAGUCUGGAAACCGAUCCGCACCCUCAAGUGUCGCAGAUGUGCACAGUCGUUACAACGUACAUUAGGAAUCAAGUGAAGGCCGCCAAAGAGCAGGCCGACAAUCGCCUGGCCGCCAGCAUGAGUUUACCGCCUAGUCCAAAUCGUGGUAGCAAUUAUUUGACUGGGGAGAGCCCGCCGACGCUUCAUCCGAACACUGACCUACACAGAUUUGCCGCCAGAUCGGCUAUGAAUAGUCGCGCGCGCGGUAAGAAGCAGUCAGGUUCGACAACAAGCGAUGAAAUCGACAAGGACAACGGGUUGAGAAAACCUCUAGUUACCACUGAGUUUGUCCCAUGGGCGAGUAAGCUCUUUGCUCAGCCCCUAAUGCACGAUACACAUUCGGAUGUCGAAUCUCAACACUAUUAUGAAAGGGAGUGGCGAUUUGAAAGAAACUCAAAAAUACGUACAGAAGCGCAAGACGAACAGCUAAGAGUGCUUAAUAAUCGAUUAGAAUCGCAACUCUUCAGUACGAGAUGUUCAGCCCAACCGUACGUCCUACAAUUUCAUCCGUACGACCAGCAAAUCGCGGUUGCCAGCCGGGAUACAUUUGCAAUAUGGGACUGGGGUCGUGGCGCUAAGAUCUCGCAUUGUCAGAGUAAAUCUCUCAAAAACGCGAACAGUCGAAUAACCUCUCUAGAGUGGGUUAACGGGCAGGACAUUGCGCUGGUGAUGGUCGCUUCUGAUGAUGGCAGCGUGAAAUUAUGGCGUUCGAGUGGUAGUAGGGAACCGACUUUGGUUAGCGCCUGGCAGGCUUUCAACGAGCUGAUGCCUUCAUAUAAGUCCAACCUAGCCGGUGUGCUAGUUAAUUGGGAACAAUGGACACAAACUGUGAUAACCUCGGGUGACACUCGCGUCGUACGUCUGUGGGAUGCCGAACGGGAACUACGCGCCUUCGAUAUUCCGACCGGGGCUGACUGUUCGGUAACGUGCUUGGAUUCCACCUACUCCAGUGUGGCCCACGAGAAGCACAUCAGAUCGCUGAUCGAGUCCGACCAUUCCGACGACGGCAUCUUUAUGGGCAUGGACAAUGAGUUACCCAGUUUUAAUAGUCAGAAGCAGGGACUGAUCGUUGCCGGUUGCGCGGAUGGGUCUGUCAGGCUGUUCGACCGGAGGUGCCCUCCCAGCGACUCGCGCGUGAAGACGUGGGUGGAACACGCCUCGUGGGUUUUAGGCGUGCAGUUGCGCGAUAAUAAAGUUAUCAGCGGCAGUUGCGAUGGGGACGUUAAAAUUUUUGACGUCAGAAAGAACGAGUCGAUAUCUGAUAACCUUGUCACGCAAAUGCGUGAUAUGACAGCUUUUGCUGUUCACCGCAACGCAGAGAUAUAUGCAUGCGGCUCCGCGAACCAAAACAUAAGCAUACACAACAUGCUCGGCACGAACUUGAACAGCAUCCGAUUUCACGAAGGCUUCAUGGGACACCGUAUCGGACAGGUGACCUGUCUUGCGUUUCAUCCACAUAAAGUCGCUCUGGCCGCAGGCACCAACGACUGUUUACUUACAAUAUACUGUAUGGAGAGCCGAAGAUGACAUGGAUCCAUAUCCUAGGCAAACCCCUUCUGGGGACUACUAGGAUAUUAGCUAGCGUAAUUUUUUUUUUUUGUGGCGUAAGAGAUGCAUUUAGAGAGACGAUUUUUUUAAUUCUGCCAUUUGUUGAACAAAUUUUUAUUUAUGUAAAUACUCGCUCAUUUUUUUUGUUUUAAUAUUUUUCACAUUGCUAUUAUGUUGUACAUUUGUAUCCAAAGAUUGUAUUUUAGGUUAGUUUUGAUUUUAUCGAUUUUAAUUAUAAGUACGUAUAUCGUGCCCGAUUGAUUUUUACUGUCAGAUACCAAUAGAUGAAGACGUUUUAAACAAACUAUUGUUUCCUGAUUUUGGUGCUAUGUAGUAAUAGUAAUAAUAAUAUAUUGUACAUAGUAUAUACAGGUACUCUAGCGCUGAAGCUUACUUUUUAUAUUUAUUUAGGGAUUUGCAUGUGUACAAAUGUGUAUUUUAUGAUUUAAUAAUAAGAAUGAACAAAUACGUCGUCAAAGACAAAAAUGUUAAGAUUGCCUUCUACAUUUAUUUAGG